GUUGCUCGUCCGCUUCUCCAUUCUAGUUGAAACCACAUGCGACCGCGAUAAAAGACCCUCGUCUUCACACCGGGCCGUGUCAUUGACGUCGUUGACUUUUUUAGCCACUUGAUUGAAGUUACUCCCGUGCAUCUCAGAAGCCAAGUGGAGCGGAUCAUGCCCACCUCUCUCCCACCACCGGAACAAGAACGCUCGGCCGAGCUCCCCACGCUUUUGCGAGGGACGCACGACGGCUCGCAGCAUGGCCACAGCAGUUCCAAAACAACCAAAACUGGCGCAACAAUCCAUCCGACAACCUCUGCCGGCGUGUUUGGCAAAAACCAGUUGCUACCACCCUCGGUGGACGCCACGACUCCUCACCCCAUCACCGAGGAGCCCGUCGUGCCACCAGCUGCCUUGCGUUUGCCCAUCCGGCACAUGGUUGUAAGCACACCGGAAAAAAUCGCGCGCGAGUUCUUCAUGCAGCCCACGCCAGACAUCGGCGACCUGGUCCUGGACGUCGAACAGGAGGUGUUAGAAGAGGAGGAGCUGCGACUGGAGCAUGAAAGGUAAGUCGAUUUUUUUCAAAAGCGAUUUCAUUGUUCUUGUUGCAAGGAAGGUCUUGUCAUGUGUCCUCUCGCCGCAAGGAAUGGAAUAGAACCGCAUGGCAAAAAAGUAAUUAAUCAAACAACAGAACCUCUCGCUCUCCUACCGUUUUCGCCUGUCCUGAGCGGCAGAACAUCUCCAGUACCGAGCAGUCGCCGGACCGGAAACUGUCUUCUGACCGGACCCUUGCCGCUGCCGGCGGCUUCACUCCGACUCUGCUACAGGACUGGAAUACAACGGAUAACGAGAAUAAAGAUACGACUGAGAAAAACAAAAAGAAGCAGCAAGAACAACUCCCCCGCUCAAGCUCCCUGAAGAAGAAGACAAAUAAAUUUGGCACAGUCAUUUCUACUCCCGGCGCAACUAUCAGCAAGACACAUUCCACCGGGCAGCAGCACCAAAACAUGAAAGUUAGCCAGCCGAUCCAGAAGCGGGUUUCCUUUUCCGAGGAACUGUUUCUGCAGUCGAUCCAGUAUCUGCCUACGCCUGUCGACGGCGAAGAGGACGGCGAGCGGGUGGAUAGUACUUCUGAAAAAAUCUUCACAAUCGGGGAGAUGAACAUUAAGGCCCACAGUCGUGCAGUCAGGAAGGAAGACCAGACGACAUCGUCUUUCGGAGAAGCGGAACAACAGGAACGACAGUCCAACAAAUCGAUCCGCUCCCUCUCCCCCUCCAUCAGCCCCAAGGUUCGGCGUGGCCGCGGCUACGCGCACGGGCGGAACUCGAGUUUGAUCGGCGAUAUGGGGGAGGAUCCCAUGGUGGAGGAGGACGACGAAGACCUGUUUCUGGACCAGUUAGGUGCAGCAGCAGCAGCAGCAGCGCACGAACAACCACGCUCCGAACAAUUGGAUCGUGAUCUUCCGCAUGUAGUUGACAAAGAACUCGUCCAGGAUCAAGAAACUUCCUUUUCCGCUGUCCCGACCCAGAAUCUGUACGAACCGCUGGAUCAAGUAGAGGAUGUGACUUCCUCUGGUGCCUGUUCGCUGUACUCGCAAGAGCAGCGGUCUUUAGACGAUGCUACGAUCUGCGCUGCGGUGGACACGCUGUUGCCGAUUUCGACCGCCUAUCCACUGUAAAUAUGUCUGGGUCCUCUGGAAACUUGUGAUGCGCGUGCGGCACUCGUGAGGACUUUCAAUUGACGGCCAACAAGCAUGAGAAGUUUUUGAGCUCCCACUAACUUUGGAGCUGUCGUCUAUUCUACAUGGCAAACUGCGUCGACAACAAAGUGGGGCGUUUGCGUAACGUGCAUGAGAGGAGAAUUAAGGUUUAUGCUAAUCAAGCAUGACAAACUCUUCCGAACGCAGACAUAUUUGCGAUGCAUACCACCGCCUUGCAGUCCUCCGCCACUAUGGACCUGGAAGAAGAAUGGCGGAUCGACGCGGCGUUGCGAAAGUUGGCGAGAAUGCAAAAGCAAAAACGGCCUUCGGAGGUGGAUGACGCGGUGCUGAUUGAAAGUGACGACCUGCUCUCCAAUUCUUCCUCCAGCGGUGGCGGUAACUUCUAUGCCACAAGCGACAGUUCGUCGGACGACUUUGGUUUCGACGGCGUCAAUGUUGAUCAUGCGGGAAAAAAGAAGUUUUCGAAACUGGGAAAGAUCCGUUCCGGUGCGGAAACCUCGAAAAUGGUGAACAGCACGGCGAAGGUGGUAGAGGGGUUGAUGUUGAGUGGUCUCAACAACAGCAUUCCCACUCUAGAUUUGGAGAACACAGCAGGCGAACCACAACAGCUGCAAUUUGAACGGCAUCUUCUUGAUGACGAGGGACCUUUUUUAUCGAACACAGGAUCUUCUCUCUCUCCCAUCGCGCACACAAGUUCGUUCCCCGAAGCCGCGGCGAUCAUGGCAACUACUUCUACAACUUCUACAUCAUACAAUCCUUGGGAGCCCUCCUCCAUGAUCGGCGAAGAAAACGUGCAGUCUACAACCACGCGAACCAUCUCCCUGUCCGCGUCCCCCGAGUGCCGGAAAUCCGGGGCGGAAUAUCUGGCGAACUUUCUCUCCACUUUGGAGAACGUCGACCAGGACCUGGUGCAGACGUUGUUUCCGUCUCUGAAGAGCAGCGGUUCCUGUGGACGAAACAAGGACGGUGCUGAGAUUACUACACUUCUGGAACAAGAAGACGAAAUCGACUACGACGACCUGAACAAGACGCCGAAGAAACGGACGUCUCUAGCGGGCAUGCGACCAGUGUCUUUGUCCCGGUCCCCGAAGAAGAAACCAAACUGCAAAAGUCCAAAACCGGAGAUUUUGACGGAGAUUCGGUCCUUCAACGAGCUAGUGAUGCCGAACCGGUUGGAAACUCUGAUCCCGGAGGGAAGGACGGGGUUUGAAAUGAUUCGUGCGGAGAAGAAGAACAAUCAGAAGGACCAUCCUGAAGAAGUUGAGGCAGAACAGAAAGAAUCUCCUUCGAAAACCGCUUUUCCCGCCGAGAGCAUGAUGAAGAACGUGGUAAAAACUACUUUGCCACCCAGUAGUUCUUCAGGUGCUGUUGUUUUCCCGAGUAAAUCUCACGCGGAUAAAAAUGUGGUGCUGGUCCGGCCGGCUUGGGAGACUUUCGCGAACAGUCCGAUGGAUGGUGAGCAGGGGGAUGUUGGGAGAAUUGUCGGUUCUGCUGGGGGAGAGAGUAAUGAAAACGAAGCGGAGGUUCUUGCUGGAAAUGAUGACGAAAUUGAGAAACAACGCGACCAGAAAACGAUGGGAAUUUCUGCAAAGCCAAACUCUACUUCCUGUUCCUCUCCCACGAAAAAUCAUGUUGCACUAGGUCCAUCUCGGCCAACAACCAAUGGGGAUUCCAAAGUGGUCGUAACAAAAACGACCUGUGCGGUGGGGGCUCCUUCUGCUACACAAAUACAAGACACCAGUGCGAUUUGUGCCAAGACCAACACUGCUGCUUUGUCCAAAAUCUCCUCCACGGCAAAAUUUGGAACGACAUCUGGUAUCCUGUUCCAACCGAUUCAGCACAUGAAGUGCUUGGAUUUCCGUCCCAGUUUGGGCGUCGCAGCGUCUUCGGCGCGUGCGCGUGGUCCUGGGGCGCAACAGCAAAUAAUUUCCUCGGUGACGAUGAAUGAAAUGAAUACGGCUGAUGUUGUUCCUCCACCUCCUGCGGCUUCGGGUUUUUCCUCUGUUAUCAUCCCCCCCGCCGUCGUGAUGAACAGGACCAAUUACAAGUACGCGUUUCAACCCGGUUUUCGUACCACCACGCAGGUGAACGCGAAGAUCCAAUCUUCCGUCCCGGUACCGCCACCCCAAACCCGGAAACUGAUUUUGACAACCGGAGGCAGCACCACGACAAAUCCAUCUAGAACCACGAUUAGUAGUUCUUUUCCAGCUCAGCACGGUGUGCUACCCCAGCAGACUUCGAAAAAUACUAAAACCGGGACGACUAAUAUUGUGAAGAAGUUGAUGCAAAAAGAACAGAACUACGAAAGCGCUACGGCAGUUUCGGAUCAACAUGCUGUCACCGCGAAGCUGCUUAUCCCUAUCGAUGCUAGUGCAACUGCUGUCGGAGUAGAACAGGAAAGAGCUGUUGGUACGACCAUGCAGAAGAGUCUCGCCCGGCCGACAAUGCAGGAAAUCCAGACAAGCGGUGUUGCGGGAAAGACGACGGUGACACAGACAUUGAUUGAAGACAAUGUGUGCAAACAUUCUCAGUCUUUACUAGCCGAUGAAAUAUCAAACCAUCCUACUUCUGGAGAGCAGCAGCCGGUCCGGAGGUUGACCAGGACGAAAGUGCGGCGGUCGAUUACGCCAUCGAAGAAUGGAAUGAAAGAUGGCGGUAUUUCUGCAACUAGUCGUGGUCCGAGCCUGGUGAUGAACAAUAUCAAACGAGGAUCUCCUACUACUUGUGGUUCGCCGAAAGAAGCACCCAUGCCUGGAGGCUCUUUUGCAGGAGCUAUGACAACGUCGAACACGACCCCGGUGAAGAGCAGUCCGGGAAACAACUACAACAACCGCAGUACUAAGAGCAGUCCCAAGGUGCUCCGAUCUACCAACUCGGCGCGGAAAAUAAAAGACACGAACGCGGCGGCGGUGGCUAUUUCCAACAAAACGUUGACAAGCGGAAGAACCUCGUUUACUACCAACAAACAAUCGUCUCCCUCACCGGCGAAAAUCAUUGCGAGCAGCAUCAAAACGAAGUCACCACCGAAUUCCGCGGGGUUGCAUCAUCAUAUCGCCGAUGGUGCUAGUACGACAGAUGCUGUGAUGAAGAUGCUGCACAACAACUCCGAAGAUCAAGAAUCUCCUCCGGUGAACCAGCAAAACAUCAACGACACUAUCACCCUCUCCAGCCGCGUCGAGAAGCCGCGCGCGUCCUGUCCCACCGCAAUUUGCCAGCCGCAGCCGCCAAAGUUACCUGCUGGGGUUGUGGGUGGUAUGCUGGACGCUGAGAAUCAAUACCAAACAGCUGCGGGUGUGAUGAACCGGAGCGCGUCCGUCUGCUCGCUGAAAACCCCGACGGAAAUUGCGAACAAGGUGAAGUACCAACUCCCGCGGAAGUUCCUGAAGUUCACGCCAUUGCCGGAAAAUCAGUCCAUUUUUUUCCCAGGAGGAUUGCCGAUGCCGAAUUGCCGGGGUGGGUUAUUGCGGACUGGGAAAUGAUGAGAUAGGAGGAGUGAUGAAUAGAAUAAGUUUUGAAGUUUUUCAAUUCGGUAGUUUUAAUAGUGUACGAGUACGAGUACGAAUUUACCGAGCAUCGCGCUGCAAUUGCAAAGCCAUGGGUUACUGUCGUUUCAUGUUUGGGGUCACACUUUUUUUUACAAAAAUUGCUACGGAUUGAGGCAUGUUUCUUUUUUUCAGUAAGGCGAAGUUGGGCUUGGGAGCCACGCCCACUGCACGAGAGUCCAAUUGAAAAUCUAAUGAUAUACAAAAUCAAAAUGUUUCAUCACGCACACGCUCUUCCUACCUCUACCAUCAUAUUCCGCUUUCUUCCGAAUAACAUAACUGAAAGCCUAUGUUGACAUAGAAGUUUCAUGUUUUUGAUGUUGUUUCUCACUUUUAGUUUUUUGGUCGUCGUUGUGAAUUUCAAAACUACAAUUUCCAUGUGAGCGAUAAGUCUAUCGCCUCUGUUGAGUUUUUUGGACACUUCCAAGAAAAUGUGCAUCCUAUUGUCAAUGCAAAGGGACAAGCAGACACGACAAGCGCUACGUCAUUUAUGUGACCCCGCAACUAAAGGAGAU